CUGGGGGGGGCACUGAAGUGCACUGACCGGCCAGGCUUUGCUUGAUUCUGCGUUGCUCCGAGGACAAUGUGGCGGAGGAGCCUCAGCGUCCCCGGUGGCUUUUGCGCUGCUCUCCGCCUCGGCGCCCAUGGGAGGGGACUCUCGGCCCCGGACAGUAAGACUCACAGGUUUGUGGGCACUAGCCCUGUCUUCUGUACCAAGGAAGAUGAGUCAGUCAGCUGCACUGAUACAAAGACUAUACCCAACCAAGAGAAGAAAACAAAACCAACUGUAAAGAACUUGUUGGAUAUUGUUAGGAAGAUGAAAGUAGAUGUAAGUAUGAAAGAAAAGCUCCAGAGGUUGAAAGCUGAGAAGACAAAGGAAGAAACAAGGGAAAGUCCAGGAAAUGUGGAGAGUGCAAGUAACCCAUUUCAGGUAGUUACAGACACCAAAGCAAUGAGUGAUGCAGUUAUCAGUCCGAAGCUGGUGGCAGCAGCCUCUGCUGUUGCAUCUUCACUCCCUUUUGACAGGAAAAGGACAGUUUCAGAACUGGUUCAGAUGCUGAGACAGCACAAGGAAAUCACUGAGGCUCGUAGAAGUGGAGAAACCACUGACAUAAGUAACAUUGUGGUAAACAUGAAGAUUGGGAGAAGGCCUUCACGAGAUACCAGUAGGGCAUCUGACAUUCAGUUUGAUGAAGAUGGACGAGGUUAUUCAAUUGAAAGAGAUUUUUCCUCUAAAAGUAAUAGAACAAAAAGAGUCUCACUAUUUUCAGCAAAAAGACUUGGUAUUUUCACUCAUUCUAAAAUGGAGAUGACACCUGAAACAGUGACGACACCAACACUUUGGGAUGUGGAACUUGCUAAGGAAAUUGCAGCAGUCAGCCAGCAAGCACUGGAGAAUGCUUUUGAGGAGAUGAUACAGUGGACAAAAGAGGGGAAGCUUUGGGAGUUCCCAAUUACCAAUGAAGCCGGACUUGAAGAAGACGCUGAAUUUUAUGAGCAUGUAUUUCUGGAUAAAUACUUGGCAGACUUUCCUAAGGAAGGACCAAUUCACCAUUUCAUGGAGCUUGUGACUUGUGGACUUUCAAAAAAUCCAUACUUAAGUGUUAAAGAAAAGGUGGAACACAUUGAAUGGUUCCGGGAUUACUUUAAGGAAAAGGAAGAAUUGCUUAAAGAAAUUGAAGCACAUGAGAAGGAAAUCCUGAUUACGCAAAAGAAUCUAUCAGAGUGAAGAUUCCUUUUAAAAAGCAAUGGCUUUGCAUAAAUUGGACAGUUAUAUGAACCAAUAUGGAAAAGAGAUGACUUUAAAAAACAUUUUUUAAACUGUUGCUGUCAUCAUUUUCAAUGAAGGUGGCAAUCUGUGUACAUACCAAUAGUGAUAAAGGUUUUAUAAUUUUGCUUGUGAAUUGCCCAAGUAAAAAUUGUUCCCACCCUCCUCUGGUUAAUCUAGACAGAGUUUAACAUGGUCUUCCUUUUCUUUACCUAACUACAUUUGGGGUUGAAAUGGUUCUACAAGAGAGGGGCUAUGGUCAUAUAAACGCUCACUGGCAUUCUUAUUCAUGGCCUGAAUAAGACUGACUUUCCAGAAUAAAUUUUGCUGCAUCAUGAUGUGAGUUGUGUUUGAGUGUCCUGCCAUUUGAAUGGAAAUGUGCCAUGGAAAACCUGAGUGUUUGAAGCUAGAGAAACAAAACAAUGGCUCCCAACAAAAUAUGCAAGUAGUAUGUGAAUUUUCAGCCUAUAAGCAAUUCUCCUCUUUGGAUCCAGAGACACAGCUAACACCAACUCUUACCUUCUUUGUAUUCAGAUUUGGCCUGUGUAAAUUCUUAAACUUCCUUGCCAAAAUUGGGUUGACAUCCAAAUUUUGUUUUCCUGAGUCAUAUGACAACAGGAUUUUCUCAGUAACUUCAUAUCAAUAUGAACCCUCCAGUGCUAAUGAUUUGUUAUGAAAUUCAGCUUGAAAUAUUUGUAAAAAUGUGGUUUUUAGCCACUCUGAACCACCUCAUAUUCCAGCUAAUCCUCAAUAAUUCUGGUGUUACUUCUGUGGUGUUUUUUCUAUCCUCUACUCUUGUGUUUCACCUUAAAAAAUAAAUUAAUUAAACCCGCUAAGCUAUCAGAAUUCUGAUUUGCUUCUAUUGAAGUGAAUAGAAUAGUGAAACUACUAAAUCAAGCUCUAGCUUAUCCCCAGAAACUUCUCCACUGGGGUAGAGAAAACAUAGUAUAAUGUCUGCAUCAUAGAUCCCAUUUGUAUGUGAUUCAGUUCAAGAGCACCAGAGUAACAUAUUUUUUUGCAUUUAUUCCUUUGUAUACCUUAUGGAAGGUUAUUUUAUCCUGCGAGUUAAGUUUGCUCCCAGUUGGCUUUCUUGGCAGAGAAGGUAACACUCUCAUAGUACAAAAUGACAACACUGACUUAUCUGUAAUGGUUUAUUAUGAGGGGAAAUCCUUAUAAGGUUGUUCUUAAUGUUGGACCUUUUCUGUUGUCUACUCUGAGUUUUAGACAUUUUGAUUGCUGUUUUGCUUUCUCCUCUGUUUAAAAUUGUGAGUCCAAUGUGCCCUGCAGGUCUUUUGUUGGACUACAGAUUUGGAAUGUGAUUCUGGUCAAAUCUACCCUGUUUCCCCACACCACAGUUAAACUGGGGUAAUUUUGGAAUAAAACCAUACCUUUAUGCCCACCAUUGGACUCCAAUAGCAGGUCAAUUCUGUUUAAAAAAGAGCAGAGGAGGGUUAUGUUAUAAUGGGAUUAGAACAGAAUCUUAGGUUUUCUGACACUGUUCUCCAUUCUUGGUUAUUAGUUGAUGAAAUGAAACAGAAUGGUUCAUCAAAGCAAUUUCACAUCUUGAAGGGAUCAAAUUAUAGUUGAAACUAUCACAUGAAAAAAUUGUUGAUCGUGUGCUAUUGAAAUGUUGAAAAUGUUUAACUGUUUUAUUGUUCAAAACCUGUGGUAAAAUCUAGAAUCACAUUUGUGUUUAAUGCUAAAACAUUUUAAUGCUCAUGCAGGAGCCAGGGCGGUUUUCAGGCGUGCAUGCUUCCCUCACACCUAAUGCAGACUUAACAGAGACAGCCAGUUUUCUUGAUGGACCUGGUUUGCAUAUAAUUCUAAACUGUAAUUUAGCUGAACUGUUCUGCUUGUGAACCUCAGGGCUUUCCUUCUGCUCUUUAACCACUUGCUUUCUGGGGCAGCUGUGAGAAAGAGAUGAGAAACUUUUUUUCCUUUUUUCAUUUUAUGAUUAUUUAUUAACGCCUGAACUCAGACAAACUGGAUUAAUGUUAACUCUGGUUCAGAGAAACAAGCCAACUUCAUAUCAUUGUUUACAAUCCUGGCUUGUUUUCUUAACCAUAGAUAGUUCUGAAUGCAGUUCUUGGUUUGCCUAUUUUAAACUUAUAAAAGCUGCUGUUCUAUAGAUAGCUGCCAUGUAUAUGGCUAUAAAAGCUGCCGUUCUAAAUAUAUAAAUCUAUGCAAAUGUGUUUAUUUGA